AAUAAAUGAAAUGAAAGCACUAUUUUAACACAUAAAACAAGAGGACUCAGGUCUCUCUCUCUACAUCUCUCCUCUCUCCUCUCUCCUCUCUCUUAUCUCUUUCUCUCUCUCAUUUUCUUUCCUUUCUGGUUUCUCUCUCCUCUCUCAAGAUCAAAACCCUAAAACAUCUGUUUUACUCCCACAAUUUUUGAUGGAUGAUGAUGGGUUGAAUAUGCGGAAUUGGGGCUAUUAUGAGCCUUCUUUUAAGGAACAUCUGGGUCUUCAGUUAAUGUCACCAAUUGGUGGAGAUCACAGGGACACGAAGCCUUUUCUAUCUUCGCGUGAUCCAGUCAUGUUGAAUGCUAAUGGGGCUUACCAUCCUCGCAAUUGUGUGGUGUCGGAGGCGCCUGUACCUAUGAACUACAUGAUGAGGGAUAGUUGGAUACAAAGAGAUAGGCUUAUGCACGUGCUACCUGGAAACUCGAGUUUUGGUGUCAAUCCUGAGGCUCAUUCUAGUCAUACAAUGCAGAUUAUGCAGCCAAUGGAUUCACUAUCAAAGGAUCAGGUGUUGACAGAGGAUGUUAAACCGGAUAUUAGAAAGGGAGGCAGCAGUGGUCAUACAAAGAAACGACAAGGCCCUGUUACUCCGAAAGCCCCGAGAGUCAAGAAGCCAAAGAAGGGUCCAGCUGUAUCAAAUGAUAACAGGAAAUCCUCCACUCAGAGGCCCAAGGCUGUAAAGAAGAGUGUGGAAGUAGUCAUUAAUGGGAUCGACAUGGACAUUUCAGGUAUACCUACACCUGUUUGCUCUUGCACAGGAACUCCCCAGCAGUGUUACAAGUGGGGUUGUGGAGGUUGGCAGUCUGCUUGUUGCACCACCACCAUUUCAACAUAUCCUCUUCCAAUGAGCACCAAGCGCCGGGGAUCCAGGAUUGCUGGACGGAAGAUGAGUCAGGGUGCAUUCAAAAAGGUCUUGGAGAAACUCGCUUCUGAAGGUUAUAACUUUGGUAAUGCAAUCGACUUGAAGUCACAUUGGGCAAAACAUGGUACUAAUAAGUUUGUUACAAUAAGGUAGAUUGAAUUCACACAUUGAGUAGUGUACUGUACCUCCGUGGUACCUUGUUCUUAACCUGUAUAUAUCCAUGGCCCAUUCAAGAGGUUAGAGUUGUACUUCGUAGUCAUGAUUCUUGUUAUUCUGAGAUUUUAAACACCGAGGUUCCAUAACAUUUGUUUAAUUUCCAUUCUAUUUUAUGCUAGAGAAGCCUUUUCCCCGUUA